AUGCCUGUAGGAGGUCCAUCAAGUCCUCAAGCUGUUGUUGGAAGAUCUUCAAAUGAUAAUGAAGAGUUGGUGUCACAGCUUCAGGGUGUUCAUCUUGCAACUUCUCAGGAAAAAUCCACUACUCAUGGAGGUUCAAUGGAAUCUGGCAGACACUCAGAGACUCCUACAAGGCAAACUGUUCUUUUUUCUGCAACUCAAACAAAGAAGCUAUCAUGGAAACCUUCAACAGUAAAUUUGGAUCGAUACCUUCUAGCAGAAGAUAUCAUGUACGUGUUCUUGUGCUGCUAUUGUGGAGUCGGGAACAUCCUUGCUUACUGGAACAACUGUAUGUAUCUCACAUGA